CUUCACUACCUCCGUCUGCCCAAAGACAUCAGUGAGGAUUACGUGAUUCUGAUGGACAGCACCGUUUCUACCGGAGCUGCUGCGUUAAUGGCCGUCAGAGUUCUGCUGGACCAUGACGUAGCGGAGGAUAAGAUCUUCCUGUUGUCGCUGCUGAUGGCGGAGAUGGGCGUCCACUCCGUCGCUUACGCUUUCCCCAAAGUCCGCAUCAUCACCACGGCCGUCGACAAGGAGGUCAACGACCAGUUUCACAUCAUCCCCGGCAUCGGUAAUUUUGGAGAUCGUUACUUCGGCACCGACGCUCCUUCAGACCUGUGUGAGAGCGAUGAAGGGAUGGACUUCUAGAUAAAGAGAGAGAGAGAGAGAAAGAGAGCCAGCCAAUCAGAGAUGUUUGAAAAAGAAGCACUUAAACAAGAAAAUAGAGGAAAGAAACCCUCCGUCUCUCUCUAAUCUUCUCUGAACGAUAACGUGACGUUUUACCAGCGGAGUCAACGAGGAGAUUUCCAUUUUUAAAG